UCUGGGCUCAAGUGUGCGACCGCUUUCUAAACGCACCAGUCACUUUACAAGCCAAGCUAAAGAGAUAAGAAGAAAGAGUUUGAAUUUUUUUACAGUAUAAUAUUGUAUUUAAAGAUAAACUGUUUUUUCAGUAUCGAUAGUGACAAACAUAAUGAUUGAUUCAAUCAAUCAGCUCAGGUCAUCAUGGUCUACUGCUGAAACAUCCUCCCCAAACUGCCAUAGCAUCUUUAAAAAAGACUUGAAAACUUUUAAACUUCCCCUCAAUAGAAGUGCAACAGAUAAAAUAAGUUCUAAAAAUUAACUGAAAAUUCUUCUAUUAGUUUUAUGCUAUCCAAAAAGUUUUCAUAUCUAUCAAUGAGUCGGCAACAUUUGGCGCGCUCUUUCAUCCCCGCGCUGUCCGUCAUUCAGUAAGCUUUGGAGCUUUCAGCACAUCACACGCGUAUGCUGCUCUCCCGCCAUUUUCGCGAUACGUUGAACUUACGAGUACGUUUACUUUCAAGAGAAAUCAUUUCGAAUUCUGAAUACAUAUCUCGUUGUUUUUUUUUUAUUUUGUGUAAAAUGUUUUGUGAUAGUGUGAAUAAUUGUGGAGUGUGUCUAAACUGGUGAUAGUUUCAAAAUGUUUUCGAAUUUGACUUUAAACGACUUUUCGGCUCUGCACGGGUUGAAUAUAAGUUCUGGAUUGAACGAUAGUUUCCAGUUUGGCUCCGAGUUGGAUAUAUUCUUUCAGCCAGAGAAUGUUCUCAUCACGUUGUAUGUCCCCAUCAUCUUGCUGUCGAUGGUGGCUAAUAUUCUGCUGAUAGUGGUCGCUGUGAAGUGUAAUUAUACGAAAAAUGUUACGAACAUCUUUCUCGUGAACCUCUCGGCGGCUGACCUGCUGGUGACGGGCGUCUGCAUGCCCAUCCAGCUCAGCAAAGCCAUCACCCUGGUCUGGUUCUACGGGGAGACUGUUUGCAAGAUUGUUAACUAUAUUCAAGGAGUGGCUGUAGCUGCAAGCGUGUUCACUUUAACAGCGAUGUCAGUAGACAGAUGGCUAUCCAUCUCACCAGAGCCGCGGCUCCGGCCGCCGGGGCGCAAGCAGGCGUUACUCCUGCUGCUCCUGCUGUGGUGCGCUGCGCUGCUUAUAUUCAUACCGCUCCUCAUGGUCGCAACUGUCAGAAGGGAACCUGUCCCCAUCAUAUCAAAAGCACUGAAGAAUAUAUCGAUAGAAACGAGAGACGUCCACUUCUGCACUGAGGAGUGGCCCGGACCCGACAGGAAGAAACAGUUCGGCAUGCUGAGCUUCACUCUGGUAUACGCCAUACCAGGCUCAAUAACAAUAAUGUCGUACGCAUGCAUGGGUCGCACGCUCUGCUCUGUGCGACCACCCUUCGACAUCGACGAGGGAAACGUCAGCAUGCAACAGGGUCUAAGGUUGAUGAAGGAGCGGAAGCGAGUGGCGUGGAUCCUGCUCCUGCUGGCUGUCCUGUUCGCGGUCUGCUGGAUGCCCUACAACAUCAUGCAACUGUUGCUCGACGUCAACCUCGUCGAUGCCAAGGAUCUCAGCAUGAUUCUGCCGUAUGCCUUGUUUAUCGGUCACGCGAACUCGGCAAUCAACCCCAUUGUGUACUGCCUGAUGACGAGGAACUUCCAGCGGUCGGCCAGGAAACUGCUCUGCGGGCGCGGCGUGUGUCAACAAACUAAUUUUACGUGGCGCUGUGCCCAAAAGCCUGAGGGUUCAUCGAGUGACUACGAAUUGUACCACGAACCGCAUAAGAGGUGUUAUUUACAGAUGAACAACCUACGCUACAAUGGCCACGCGCAUAACACGAACAUUCCUAGGGGCAUCGAGACUCGGGCGCAGACGACGCAACUCAGUCACGUGACACGGUCUUCUCGCCGAACUGCACCCGCGCACGCAUUGUCCGUAGAAAUGUUACAACGGCACGGACUGAUCGACUUCAAACGUUGAAACAAAAGUUGAGUAUAUUAUUUAUAUGUAAAUGUAUAAAGGUAUUGUAUAAAAAUUAAUAUUCAAAAACGUAUCUAUUUAUUUAAAUACUUGAAAAAACAUCAUUUAUAGAAGUAAUAUAGGUGUACAGUAUGGAUAUUUCAUGAAUUAUAAGAUUUAGUCUAAAAGCAACUCAGUAUUGCAUUUUUUAACAAGAUUUUUAGUUAUUUUUUUAUCUGUCUAGUCAUGAUACUUUGGAUGUAUCACUUGUUGUAUUUUUUUUAUUAAGUGUAAAUAUGUUGUGUGGAAUUGUUAAUACCUGAUUGUCUACCACUAGGUCUUCAAUAAUUAUUAUGUUUGUGGAAGUGACAGCACCUACUAUACACAGUGUAGAGCGGCUUCUCUCUUUCUCAACUCUUUUCUUCCUCUGUAUAAUUUUCAAUCAUAUUAC